UCUCCAGAGACACCACCAUCACUAUGGCGCAUAUCAACGAAGGUGUCGUGGACGACAAUGGACCUGCUCAUCACGAUGACGAUCCUGGAGCAUACCCAUUCCCGUUCGGGCCAUUCGCUGGUAAACGGCUCGACACCGUCCCCAAUCGCUUAAGGUGGUGGGCAACGCGAGCCCGUCAAAGCAACUCCUGGUAUGCUGCCUACAUAAAGGCCCACUCACAGUACGAAGAACUACUCCUUCAAACCCCUGAAGCCUACCCCUUGCCCUUUGGAGAGCAUGAAGGCGAAAGACUUGAUGAAGUACCAGAACAUCUCAUUUGGUGGGGUGUUCAUCCUUUACGCUCUCAUAAUGCCUGGUACCAAAACCUGGCGGAGGCAAAUCGUCUUUACUUGGACAAGGUAUACGAGAAGAAGACACCAGGCUCAGUGCAGAUCUGGUUUGGACAACAGUAUAAGGGAUAUAGGCUCGAUGACGUUUACAAGCGUCCUGGUUUUAUCAGAUUCUGUCUGAAACCGGAGCAUCACAAGUACCCCUGGUACUACAAGUUUGAAGACCUAGUCCAGAGGUACGAAGUCCAUCUUCAAACCCACCGACGGCCAUACCGCCCCAGAAAACGAGCGCAUGUGGAAAACCCCACAGGGGAACUUCUUGGAAAAUGGAAUGAUGACCGCGGGUCUGCGGAGCCGGAUGAUGACUACGAGCGUGACAGCUUUGUAGUCGAUGAUGACGAUAACGGGGAGGAAAUCUAUCAAGAGGAGGGUAGUAAUUUUGAAUCGGGCAACAACACCGACGAUCCCGCAGUCGGUGACGACAGCGACGGACAGGACAAAGAAGACUACACUAACUCCGAGUCUACAACAAACAGUGAUGCAGAUGGGUCUGUGGUACAGACAGAACGGCUCUCGCCGUCUCGCGCCAGUGCAAGUGCCUCUCGAAGCGGCUCAGAUUCAGAAGAUGAUAUUCCCUUGAACGAAUUGCACAACAAGAUCAGGGUAAAGCAUCUGUCCAACAAGGGAAAAGCAAAGGUCGUGUCCUCAAACAACCGCCGAAGAAGUCAUUGGAGCUCGGGCGAGGAAAGUGAUACCACUGAUCAGCCCGCGCCAAAACGUCUUAAACGCAGGUCCGAACAUGCACAAGGUGCUGAUUCUUUUCUGAGUGUCUUAACUACUGUCUCUCAAUCCGUAGGUCGGCCCAGACCAACUCCCAUCCCUGAUUCAGAGCCCGUUGCUGCAGUUGAUGAAACUGAAACUCCCCGUCACCUGCAACUCCAAGGGAAGUUUGUACGACGCGACGAUGAUGACUCGGACAUACCGGAGUAUGACGUUCAUACGAAUGCACCUUCACGCUUAGGAAGACGUUAUCGUGCACUUGUUCAGUCGGAUGUUGAGGUGUUAUGAUUUCAGCGAGGCUCGAAACCUAUGACCUUCACAAUCAAUGUAAUAACAACCUAAGCUGCGGUGAGCCUAACUAAUAUGGAAGCAAUUUGAAAACUAUGGACAGAUCCCUACCGCUGUACCG